AUGUCAGAGUUCAAUUCCACAACAUUUCAGCCUUUUCUCUUCAUCCUCACUGGCCUGCGAGAGCUGGUGGGAGCCCGCCUAUGGCUGGGACCUCUGAUGAUCCUGAUGUACAUCUCUACAAUGGCAGGGAACUGUACAGUAAUAUCCUUGGUGAAGAAUGAACACAGUCUACAGGAACCCCAGUACUAUUUCUUGUCCAUGCUGGCUGGAGCUGAUAUUGUCCUGUCUGUGUCCAUACCUUCCUCUGUGCUCAAGGUCUUUAUCCUUGGCCUUCAUGAAAUUGCAUUUGAUGGUUGCCUCACUCAACUCUUCUUCAUCCGUACAUUCUCUUCCAUGGGCUCAGGAAUCCUGGUGACCAUGGUCUUUGACCACUUUGUGGCCGUCAGUCACCCUCUGCAAUAUACCAGCAUACUUACCAACUCACGAGUCACCAAAAUAGGGCUGGCAGCUUUGCUGAGGGAUGUAGCACUCAUGACUCCAUUGCCUGUCCUGCUCAAAAGGCUACUUUUCUGCAGGGGCCAGACACUCUCCUAUUCCUACUGUCUCCACUCAAAUGUCAUGAAGUUAGCCUGUGGCCAAGUCAAAAUCAACAUUUUAUAUGGGCUGGUUUUGGUUAUCUUUUCUUUUGGGGCUGACUUUCUGCUAAUUGUCAUUUCCUAUGCUCUGAUAUUACAAGCAGUUCUGGGCAUUGCUUCCAGAGAAGGUCAGAUGAAGACACUCAACACCUGUUUGUCUCACAUCUUUAUUGUCCUGAUUUACUAUGGACCUCUCAUAGCAAUAACUGCAAUGCAUCGAGUCAGCCACAGAAGUUCUCCAUUAGCACAUGCAGUUCUGGGAAAUAUCUACCUCUUUAUGCCGUCAAUGCUCAACCCAAUUGUAUACAGCCUGAAGACCAAGCAGAUCCAUGCUGCCCUGAAGAAAUCCUUCAAGAUCCAGAGACACUGA